CUCCGGUCGCUACUUGCCGUGCUCGUCUGCGCCCCUCCACACUGGCCUCUGAUACAUACACGGUGGCAUAAUGGCCCGAAACCGCAAGGGCAAGAAGGUUGCCAAGCAGACGAACAAGACUCUCGAGGAUGUCGCCACCGACGGCAUGCCGACCGAGGCGGAGUGGGCAACCAUGCGUCCAGUGCAUGGAUUCACCCCGAAUGGUGACGGUGAAAUCACUUUCGCCAAGGGCGCAUGCGCACGUAUACUACCGCCAACGGAUGGCACCGGGCGCACUUUGGAACUUCACGAGUAUUGGAUUGCGAAGAUCCGCGAAGUAAUCGCUCGGACCCCGAUAUCUGGGCUCUUGUACAAUGGUACUGGUCCGCUAAUGACAUCCUCGCUGAGAAGAUCAGAAACUUUGACUCCAACCCGUAUGGCAAGUUCGAACGCCUGAAGAGCGAUCAUUACAACUUCGUGUCCGCUCUAUGCUUCGAUGGCCUCGCUGAUAUGAGAUGGUAUGACGAAACAACCGCGGACCCUCCUCACGUUGGCCCUGAAGACUUUUAUUACCGUGCGAUGUACGAACACCUCAAGCGCAGAAUUGAUGCACGUGUAUGCGGCCCUGAACACCGCGCGUUCUAGACUGAAUACGUGAUAUCCUGAUGGUUCAGUGCAAGCCUAGAGUAUCAUGCAUAUGCGACCGAGCGUACAACCCGGAUGACGCGGAUCCGAUGCACUAUUGCCCGCGUCCGGACUGUCUGCGCUAUUUCCACCGCUCCUGCUUGAGAGGAGCGCAGGGCGGUGACCUUGACACGAGCGUCAACGCCGACAUCGCUAGAGGAAAGCGGAAGUCAAGCUCGGACCCGACAGAACGGGCGCUGCGCCGGGCAGAUCUUCUGCUCGGUUCUUACUCUCAAUGCGACCUGCCGCAUGAAUUUUCGAAACGGGUUC